GGGAAUGUCACAUGAUUCGGAGGGUCAACCCCAUUUUAGAACAAUUAAUUUUAGUGUUAGUGGAGAUCAAAUCACAAAGAUGAAUUUUGAUAAAAUUCAUCAAGAAAUUGAUAAUUUAAUAAAAAACAAAGAAACUACAUUAUCAAACUCAAUAAAACAGUCACUUGAAAUAAUAGAAGAGUCAUUGAAUAAAUAUGGUCCUGAAAGUUUAAGUAUUUCUUAUAAUGGAGGAAAAGAUAGUGUUGUAUUAUUAAAUUUGUUAGCAAUGGUGUUUAAUAAACAUUAUAUAACAAAAAAAGGAUCUUUAGAAAUGAUGCCUAAAAUACAAGCAUUAUAUAUUAAACAUUCAAAACCAUUUCCUGAAGUUGAAGAAUUUAUAGAAGAAAGUAUCAAACGUUAUAAUUUAGACUUGGUAAUAAUAGAAGAGUCAAUGAAAAAGGCAUUGGAAAAAUAUUCUGAAUUAAAACCAGAAGUUAAAGGAAUAUUAAUUGGUGUAAGAAGAAAUGAUCCACAUGGAGAUAAGUUAUCUAAAUUCAUUCCAACUGAUCCAGGUUGGCCUCCAUUUAUGCGAGUCCAUCCAAUAUUAGAUUGGAAACAAGAAGUACUUUGUAAUGAAUUAGACAAGUUAAGGGUAGAACUAAUGGCUGCACAUUCAAGGAACAAUCUUAUAAUUUAUUCAAAUAUGAAACCAUUAACU